UCUCUUUCUACAUGGAGGAGCUGCCACCGCCUCUGAUUGUCGAAAUCCUGGGUCGACUUGUGGACUCGGCCGAGCUCGCUAGCUGCCGGCUCGUCUCGAAAAACCUCAACGCGCUCUCCUACGAGGUCGCCUCCGUCCACCUGAUCUGGACCUUAUCGCGCUACCUAAAGUCUCGUGCACCCGAGACGAAGCACUCGGUCACGCCAUUCAAGGCCGUUUUCAGCACCCUGGUUCGCAACUCUCGGACCCUCGAAUCCGUCUCGAUUGGCGUGGACAAGUCUCUCGGAAGCAUAUCGUAUGACGACGUUGAGGACGAGUCCGACGACCUUUACCUCACCGAUGUGAGCUUCGUGAGGGAGUGGUUGCCGGAGAUCGGCGGAGGUCUGAAAUCGUUAUCUUUUUCAGACUUUUGGGUUCAGUCUUGCUGGAGAAAGUCGGAGGUUCUGUCUCUGAUUUCAUCAUGCUGUCAUACUCUUCUCGAACUAAAGGUAAAGAAUGCUUGGCUGUCAGUGGAUGGCCUGGAUCCAAUGCCUACGCUGACAAGCUUGACACUUGAGUUCAUAAGACUGGAUGAUGAAGACCUAAACAAGGUUAACAAUUGCUUCCCCUCUCUGGAAACUCUGAAUUUGAUAGGUGUGGGAGGACUUAAGGACCCAAAGAUUCAUCUUCUGCACCUUAAGAACUGUCAUUGGACAGUGUCAAAUGCUCCACUUUCUCUAGCUAUAUUGGCACCCAACCUUGUCAAUCUCACACUGAAGUGUAUUAAACCACAGUCUCUUGUCCUUGAAACCCCUUCGUUAUCUGAUUUCCACCUUUCCCUUGAGGAAGCAAAUGAAUUUGAAGUAAAAGACCUUAAUCAUUUGAAAACCCUUCAGCUUCAGUCUGUGAAUCUUUAUAGUCUCAUUUGCAUGUUCACAUGGGGUAGAACUGUCAAGAAGCUCACACUAGAUUCGUCGCAAUUGAAAAUGACAUCACCUAUGUGUACCAUAACCCACACAUACGACAAGAGGUCAUGCCACAUUAAAUGCUCAGAGACGGCAAUAAGCAACUAUCAUGGAUAGAGCCUGACCUGUUCCAGAAAUUUAGAUAGUGCACUCACCUUCCCCAACCUGCCAUAGGGAGCAGAUGUGAAAAUGAGCAUGCCCGCAUUCAAUGCGACAACAUGGUGUCUGGGGUGGCAAGUAGUCACCUUAUCUCUGACAGUGAGUGGGGACCACCUUGGUUAGGGUAUAUAAAAUCACGUCCAAGUUUAGGUAAGGGAUCUUUUUUGGCUCUCUGAAAUCUUCUCUUGUCAUAUGACAUUCUUACACUCUAUACUGACUUAGGAAUUGAAGAUAUCACACACCACCCUAGGUCAUCACCCUCAAGUGUCUACAGGUUUGUUGGAUGACUUACGGGAAGCCUUCGCAGUCUUGCGCCAGUGUAAAUUAAAGCUUAACCCGUUGAAGUGCACCUCUGGGGUGAAAUCAGGUAAGUUCUUGGUUUUAUGGUCUCUGACCGUGGGAUCGAGGCCAACCUGGAGAAGAUCAAAGGCAUAAUGAGUAUGCUUCCACAAUGAAACAUUCAUGACGUACAAAAGUUAGCCAGGCAGGUGGCCACCCUCAACCGUGUAUCUAUCAGCGUCACUGCAUGCCAUCUUGGCGAUCUUAGUCUGAGAUAAAAAAGGGUGUUAGAAGCCUAUGUACUAUACCAGCCAUGCAUUUCAAGGAGCCAAGGCCAGAUACCCGCGAAUGGACAUGAUGGCCUCCCAUUGGUGAUAACGACGUAGCAUUUGAGGCCAUUCUUCCAAGCCUACCCGAUGAAGGUGCUAACCGUUACUCCUCUCAAGAAGGUUUUGCAGAGGCCUGACGCCUUAAGACACCUGAUGAUCUAUGUAGUUGAGCUGAGCAAGUUUGACAUAAAAUAUCUCUCUUGCAUCCCGAUAAAGGGGAAUGUAUUUGUUGAUUUUGUGGCUAAAUUCACCAACUUCCCAGAAGAAAUUCCUGUUUCACCCACAGGAAAGCCUUGGAAGGUCUUAUUAGAUGGCUCAUCCUGCCGAACUAAAGGGGGAGGGGGGUGCACAUCAGCACAGAGUUUAGGGAAGAGCACAACUACACGAUCAAGCUCGCCUUCAAAACCACCAACAAUGAAGCCAAGUAAGAAGCACUACUACCCAACCAUCUAUAGCCGAGAUGUUGGGAGCAACGAAGAUUGAAGUUAAGGCCGACUCCCAGGUGGUCGUCAACUAAGUGCUAGGUGGAUUAGACACAAAGGGCGAGAAACUUUACAAGUUUCUACAACGAAUACGGGAAAAAUGUGACUACUUUUGUUACUUUUGUAUUCAACAGAUACCCAAGGAAGAGAGCCAGAGAGUCGACAAGUUGAACGAAUUGCGUCAAGACAAGAAGACUCACUACUGCUAGAACACAUGGUUGCACAGACGAUGGAUUUCCCUACCAUAGGAGGUCUUGGUAGUAUGGCCAAGGGCGCUAGAAUAGGCGUUGGACCUGAUAAAGUACCUCGAUGCUAAUGAAGUGCCACAUAAAAAUGGGAAGCUCGGAAAGUCUAAAAUAGGGCAGCACACUUCACCCUAAUAGAUGGGGUCCUAUACAGGCAAGGUUUCUUAGAGCCCCUCUUAAAAUGUGUCUCAUAGGAGAAAGCCCAAUACAUACUAGUUGAGAUGCAUGAGGGAAUCUGCAAGAACUACUCUAGAGUAGACUUAGUCAAACCCCUACUGACAAGCAAAAGGGGCAUAAAGUUUGUGGUCGCCACUAUUGAUUAUUUCACCAAGUCGGUAUAAGUGGGAAGCCUUAGCAACCAUAACCAUUGGUGCCAUCGCAAGAUUCUUGUGGAAAUUGAUUAUCUGCCAGUUCAGCAUCCAGCAUAGCAUCGUAACGGACAAUGGACAACAGUUCAAUUCUUGCCAUUACCAUGACUGGUGCGCAGAAUUAGAAAUCAAGUUCAAAUACUCUUCCCCGGAUAACCCACAAUCUAAUGGAUAGGUCACGGCAACUAAUAAAACUCUACUGAGAAUCCUAAAGAAGAAGCUUACAGAUAAAAAAGGGAACUGGGUAGAAGAUUCCUGGUGUCUUAUAGGCGUAUUGGACAACCGUCAAAACACCAACGGGAGAAACACUGUUUGCCCUAACUUAUGGUAGCGAGCCAGUAGUACCGACAAAGGUAGGAGUGCCAACCUUAGGGUUCAACACUUUGUCCUAGGCUCCAACGAAAAGAAAUUGAGGGAGCAGUUAGACCUACUAGAAGAAAGAAGACAGGAAGCCGAGAUGCGGAUGAUGGUUAAGAAGAAGAAGGUUGAGCAUUAUUUCAAUAUGUGAGUCAAGCUCAAGUCUUUCAAGGUGGGUGGCUUGGUGUUGAAAUGGACCAGGAUAACCACACAAGAAUAAGGGAAGCUAGGACCAUGAUGAGAAGGGUCAUUCAUCGUCGUUGGUAAUAGUUGACCGAGAUUGUAUCACUUGAAGGAUACCCAGGGAAAUGAGCUACUGCAUCCGUGAAAUGCCAAACACCUAAGGAGAUAUUUUCCAUAAGUUGUAGCCAAGGGGUGUAUUGGUAAACCUUAUAAUCUAUGAAUAAAACUAUUUUUCUUUUUGAAAUGUCUCAUUUGAAUAAAUACGGAACAAAUCAAGUCGAGUCCCUAGACUCGCUACGAUGCAAAAGUCAAGCCCAAGUCACUUUGUUGCCCAGAUGAAUAACACAAGAACAAGGUGAAUUAAGUUGUAUUUAAAAAAAAUAACAAUUAUAAAUCAAAUAUACAAUAUAAAAUAUAAACAAAAUACAAAACAUCAAUAAAUAUAAAGAGUAAGGGUAAGAGAGAAGCAAACCAGUAUGUUAAUG